CGGCGCGGCGCUCACUGGGCGCCCGGCUUUCGCCCGCUGCUGCCGCCGCCGCCGCCGCCGGCCGCGGCUGCUCUCCCAAGAUGGCGGCUCCUCCGGGCGAGUACUUCAGCGUUGGGAGCCAGGUGUCGUGCCGGACGUGCCAGGAGCAGCGGCUGCAGGGCGAGGUGGUAGCCUUCGACUACCAGUCCAAAAUGCUGGCUUUAAAAUGUCCCUCUUCCAGUGGAAAGCCCAACCACGCAGACAUCUUGCUCAUAAACUUACAGUAUGUUUCAGAAGUGGAAAUAAUUAAUGACCGAACAGAAACCCCUCCUCCCCUAGCUUCACUCAAUGUUAGUAAGCUUGCCAGCAAAGCACGGACAGAGAAGGAGGAGAAACUGAGCCAGGCCUAUGCAAUCAGUGCUGGUGUCUCCCUAGAGGGCCAGCAGCUCUUCCAAACCAUUCACAAGACCAUUAAAGACUGUAAAUGGCAAGAAAAAAACAUCAUAGUCAUGGAAGAAGUUGUUAUUACACCCCCAUAUCAAGUGGAAAACUGUAAAGGCAAAGAGGGGAGUGCACUGAGCCAUGUACGCAAAAUAGUUGAAAAACAUUUUAGAGAUGUGGAAAGCCAAAAGAUACUGCAGCGUUCACAAGCCCAGCAACCACAGAAGGAGGCUGCCCUGUCAUCCUGAGUCCACAUCCACGGAGGGCUCUCCCAGCAUCCAGCCAAGGAGGCGAUGGUGGUGGCUCCAGCGGAAGCAGGCCGGGGGAGGGAAGGGAUCCUGUAUUUCCCAUUGGCUCUUGUUAACAAAGGGUCGGCAUUUCCAAAUCUUAGACUUGAACAAACAAAACACCCAACAAAAAAGAACAAGAGAAUAAUUUAAAAGUUGAACCAUUACUUGACUAGCAGACUUCGGUCCACCAUGUCCUUUUCACAGCCCCCUCUGGAACGGUCACCUUGUUAGUUUCAUUUUUGAAAAUUUCUUUCUGGCUCUGCCCUUUCACCUCUGACUUUCCUUUCCUAGUCUGUCCCUGCCAUUCUGUUUUUAUAAGUGGCUACAUUUGCCUUCUGAAUGAAACCUCUACAAGAAACUUCUACAUCUUUUCCAAAAUAAAAGUAACAAGCUGACUGUGAUACUUCAGUUGAGACUAGAACAGCAGACAGGUCUCACUUUAAAUUUUUCUUUUUUUCUUUUUCUUUUUUUGCACAGGGCAUGGCUUGAAUUAGUUUUAUUUUUCUUAACUUUAAAUAUAUAUAUGAAAAUAUAUAUUAAAAUGUUCUCUAAAUAUUUUCUGCUUCUUGCAGGUCUCUUUUUACUAGAUCAUGGCCACUCUUCCCACCUCAUCCUUCUGAAAGUGAAAACGUAUUGCCCUCCCCACCACCCAUAGUCAGGCAACUAACCUGACUUAGUUCACAGCAAGAAUCUGGCAGCACUUGGCGGAGCCAGUGUGUUCAGAUAAGAGUCGGCUCUGAGGGUUCCUGGUGGCUGUCAGUUUUCAGUUUCUAUGUGUGCACCAGUCUCACAUUGGGCCGAAAGCUCAGGAUUCUCCCUGUCUUUUCUCUUACUUCACGGUACUAGAAGGACCUCUUCAGCACUCCCUGGUCUCCUAGAUGGGAGAGUCAGCUGACCUUUCUCCAGUGUCCUCUGCAAAACUGUUUUGCGUGGCACACUCCACUCCUCCUUGAGGGGUGAUACUCCUUCAUCAGAAACCUGGAGUCCGCCUAUCCUGACCUCUCUUUAAGUAUGCACCCAGAGUCACUAGCCCAGAAGAAGGCUGGGUUGCCUAUACUUUCUCUUCUGCCAGCCUCCUACUCUGAUGCCCGUCCCCACUCCCUGUAAAUUUUACAAGCUUAUGAGAGUUUGUAUGUGCUCAGCCAGUGGGCAGAGAACCUGGAAAGAAUUCUGGACUUUAGCCCACCAGUUUGUCUGGGUCGAGUAACCUGCUGAGAGCUGAAAUUGGCACCCGUCGCCCCGUGCCUCCCGGGCAGUCCACUGGGGCCGAGUGGGCCACCUCGGUGUCGGGCACUGAGUGCGGUGUGGGCGACGCUCGUGUGACUGGCUAGAGCUUGGGGGUGGGGUGGGGGUUCACUACUAUUUUUUUGGCCAUGAUCUCUUCCCCCCUUUUUUUUAAUUAAAUAAAUGGAUCAAAAUUAAAUAAUUCAAGCCCUGCCUUCAAAAUGAAUUUUUUUUUAGUAUUGUUUAGCAAAAACAAUAAAAACCCAAAUUUUUUUAACCAUCACUCGUGUCUCGGGUUUGUGCGUGCUUUAGAGGCCCCAGAGGGAGGGAGUCUGAGGGUGUGUGCGUUUGGUCUGACUUCCCCUUUGGAUUCUUGGCUUCCUGUUCUUUAUCCUCUCUCCUCUACUCCCUGAGAACUCCAUCCAGAAGUCUGGGCAAAGUGUAGUUCAAGAGGGGCAUCCAGGGUUGGGAGUUGUAAGUGGAGUAGGAGAAUAAAGGGGCUGGGUACAUGCAGAACACCCAUUUUUUAAAACAGGAUUUAUUUAUUUUUAGAGAAGGGGAAGGGAGGUAAAGAGAGAGAGAAACAUCAGUGUGUGGUUGCCUCUGGCACGCCCCCUACUGGGGACCUGGCCCACAACCCAGGCAUGUGCCCUGACCGGGAAUCAAACCGGUGACCUUUUCGUUUGCAGGCCGGCACUCAGUCCACUGAGCCACACCAGUCAGGGCAGAAGACCAUUUGUAACAAGACUGUUUAGAGGAAAAAUGAGAGAAGACUGACAAACUUUCAUACUCACCUGCCAUUGGCCAGAACAUAGUUUAAAGUACCAUGCCUUUGAUUUAGUCUGCGUGGAAGUGUAGAUUUCUGGAGAAGGGAAAGAGGGAAAAGGGAAGAGACCUUGCAAGAUCUAGGAGACCUAAGAGGUGUGAUUAAAACAGUGAUGGCAAUUAGGGGGAA